UAGAAUACAGUAGGUUGCUUUUCUUUUCAUUUGGUUUCUUUUUGUUUUUAUGUCUUUCUUUUUUGUUUUAUAUCAUAAUGUCUUCCUUCAUAUAAGCUCUCCUAGCUGCAGUCUUUUAUCUCUCUCUCUCUCUCUACUUUCUCAGCUUUUCUCACUUCUCUGUAUGUAAGUGGGGACUAAGUUAGUUAACAAUUAAACCAGCUAGCUAGUGUACUAUUUAUAGUAAGAAUAGUUUGGUUGGUAUUGUGUGAUCAAUGGCGCCUGUUGCAUUACCUCCAGGUUUCCGUUUUCAUCCAACAGAUGAAGAGUUAGUGGCUUACUAUCUUAAGAGGAAGAUCAACGGCCAUAAGAUUGAUUUGGAAAUCAUCCCUGAAAUUGAUCUCUAUCAAUUUGAGCCUUGGGAGUUGCCAAGUAAAUCACUACUGCCAAGCAAUGAUUUGGAGUGGUAUUUCUUUAGUCCAAGAGAUAGAAAGUACCCAAAUGGAUCAAGGACAAAUCGAGCAACAAAGGCAGGUUAUUGGAAAUCAACAGGAAAAGAUCGAAAGGUGAAUUCACAAAUGAGAGCAGUGGGGAUGAAGAAGACAUUAGUUUACUACCAAGGGCGAGCUCCUAAUGGUCAUAGAACUGAUUGGGUCAUGCAUGAAUAUCGCCUCGAUGAGGGAGAGUGUGAAUUUGCUUCUGGCUUGCAGGAUGCCUAUGCACUAUGUCGAGUAUUCAAGAAAACUCCAACAACCAUCUCAAAUAACAUUGCAACAUCACCUCAAGAACAUUCAUUCACCAGCAUAGUUCAAAUGGCAAGUGAUCAGUCGUCGAGUAUCGACAUAUAUUCCGAGGGAAGAUGCGACGAUUUUGAGAGCUCCGAUUAUUCAGUUCCCAUUGAAAGAUGUUCAACCAGUUUCACUCAUGGAUCUUCCUCUUCUUUGUGUGACAUUGGAGAUGGCCAAUGGAUGCAGUACUUAAAUGAAGAAGAAUUUUGCUAAUUCAUUCAUUUGUUAUCAAUUAUCAUAUCAUAUGUUCUUCAUGCAUGUCUCAUAUUCAUAUUGGAUAAGUUAUGCAUGAAGUGAUUAUUAUACUAGUAACUAUAUAUAAUUGUAUCUUCAUAUAUUUUUUCCUCUCAUACUAGGUGAACAAGAGGGAUUGGUUUUUUGAUCAUCUGAUCAAAAUGGUUUGUAUCACUAGUUAGGUACUUUGACCCUUGUGAGUUGUGAAUUGGGUCCCACCUACCAAGUGAGAAAACUUUGGUUUACAACAGAAGCAUUGUAUCUGUAUAUGCUACAAUUUUUAAACUGAACUAUCCGUCUAUGUAAAUUGGAGGGGAGAAAAUAUGUUUAUAAUCUAAUAGAAUAGUAU